GAGAGAUAGACCGCGCGCGUUGGCAGGCAAUCAAGCCUACAGCUGAUUCAAUACAUUUUCAGCACUAUGGACAGUUCCAUUUUGCAGCGCGAGCGGACAGAGGGGGUAUAAAAGAUAGGAGCAGCACUACUUAGCCUACCAACAACGCUGAGACAACUGAGGCAACAUGAGCCACCAAAUUGAGUAUCGGUCGGGUUCUCCACAUAGAAGAGCUCAAGAUGACUAUUCCCGCUAUCAACACAAACUGACCGGAUCCCCCUCGGCGUCCAGAACCUUUAUAGGUUUUGGGUCGGCUACCGCAUUUAUGAACAGAGGAUAUGCGGCGACGCCGAAGAGCGAAUUCGGAUCGGUUCCGAGAUCGGAUAUCUUUUUAGAUUUAUCAAACACGUUUACCGGGGUGUUGACGAAAAUUAAUGAGAAAGAACUGCUCCAUGGGCUGAACGGCCGUUUCACCGGGUUCAUCGAGAAGGUGCAUCAUUUGGAGCACCAAAAUGAAUUGCUCGAGAGGGAAAUCGAGGAACUCAAACAGAAGGCACAGUCACCCGCAUCUCUGGCACAGGAGCACGAGUCGGAGCUUAUGGAUCUGAGGAAACUAGUGCAUGACAUCACCCUUCAGAAGCGUCAGAUCGUGAUAGAACAUCAGAACCUGGAGGAAGACUUCCUCACCUUGAGAGACAAAUACGACCAGGAGGCUCGUGAACGCUCGGAUGCAGAGAAAGGCAUCCUGGUGCUGAAAAAGGACGCCAACGACGCAUACCUGGCAAAACUUCAGCUGGACAAGAAAGCGCAAUCUCUGGUGGACGAGAUUCACUUCCUGAAGAAAAACCAUGAGGACGAGGUGUUGGAGAUGGUGGCCCAGAUCCACGAGUCUCAGGUGACGGUCGAGAGGCAUGCCUUUGCAAAACCCGAUAUCACUGCGGCUCUCCGGGACAUCCGUGCACAGUUGGAAGGUCACGCCGCCUCUGACAUCCUUGAGGUCGAGGAGAGUUUCCGUGUCCAGUUCACAAAGUUGACAAAAGCGGCAGAGAGCAACAGAAAGGCGCUAAAGGCAACACAGCAGGAGAUCCAGGAGAACAGGAGGCGCUUCCAAGGGAAGAACAUUGAACUGGACUGCGCGAAAGGAACGAGAGAGGCCCUGGGAAAACAACUACAUGAGCUGGAGGAGCGUCACUAUUCGGAAAUGAUUCAUUACCAGGACACUGUCAGGCAGCUGGAGAAUGAGCUGACUAAUGCUAAACUAGACAUGUCUGGCCACCUGAGAGAGUACCAGGACCUGCUGAAUGUCAAAAUGGCUUUGGAUGUGGAGAUUCUCUCUUACAGGAAACUUCUGGAAGGAGAGGAGUUCCAUCUGUCCACCAUCUCUGACACCCACAUCUCCAUGCCCUACAUCUACCGCCAGUCCCCUGUCUACACCCUUUCUUCCCUGGCCCGGCAGGGAGGGCCCACACGCAGGUCAGAGCCCCAGUACAAGUUUGUAGAGGAGAUCAUCACUGAGACCACCAGAGAGGUGGAGUCCGAGUUUGAGGAGACAGGCUCUGAGGAGACAGGAGAGGGAGAGAAGGAGGGAGAGGAGAGUGACAAAGCUGAAAGAAGGAGUAAGGAAGAGGAGGAUGAGGAGAAAGUGGAAGAUGUAGGUAAAGUGGAUCUUAAAGUGGAUGCCCCAGAGAAAGAGGGGGAACAGGAGGAAGAGUCUAAGGGCCAGCAGAUAGAAACAUCAGCAGAGGUUGAGGUAAAUGGAGAUGGAGUUAACACUAGCAAGGGAGAAAAUGGAGAGGAAGGAGAUGACAAAGGAGAGGAGGACAUUGACACAGGUGACAAUACACAAAGUGAAGUCAAAUCAGCUAAGGCCACCAGUGAGGAAGAGAAGGAAAAACUGGACACAACAGAGGAGAUAGACGGUGAGAUAAAAGAUGUGGGGGAGCCAUUAGAAAACGAUAACAUCCCAAAACAUGACAAGUCCCUGCCAGAGGUUCCCAUGAAGGGUGACAUUUCCAUAGAACCCAAAACUUCAGAGUCAGAGGAUAUUCAAACAGAAAGUUCAAUAAAGGGUGAACCACAGGUCCCCACAGAGGACAUCUCCAAAGAGCCCAAAAAGGUGUCAGAGGAGAGCAAAAAAGAAAGCCCAUCAAAAGAGAAAAAAGAGGUAGAUCUGAAAGAGCAGAGCGCCCUAGCACUGGAGCAGAAGCCUGAUCAGAAGGUGCACAGAGAAUCAGACCAACUUCAAGAGGCAGAGAGUGCUGUGGCAACACAAGAAGAGGAUCUCCCUGAGCCCACAGAGAAGGACAUGAAAUCCCAUGAUAUCACUGCUGAGCUGAAAAACAGCUCCACCAAGGAGACAUGGGGACAGGUGAAGUCACCAGAUGAUUCUGGUGUAAAAACUACACAGGAUGACAAAACAGUAGGAGGUACAAUUUCAGCCAGACUUCCCAGCACAACAACUGAGUGUGAGGAAGAGCCUGUGCCACAGACCCCUGAAAAGGAGGUGGGUCUGACAGAGCCAAAAAUGAGCAGCAAUGAUGAUAGUGUAAAAUCUGUUGAGCAGAAUGAAUCUAAUGUCAGUGAAAAUUUCACAAAUGAUAUCACAACAGCUGAGGAAAAAGUGAAAGAAUCUGAUACAUCCUCUAAACUAGACACAACUAUCUCCCUUAAAGAGGAAACAACCCCACAACCAGAGCCAACCGUCACCCCCAAAGAAGAAACAUCCCAAAAAAUGGACCCAAUGGUCAUCCCCAAGAACGAGACAUCACCUAAACCAGACCCCACAGUCACCCCUAAAGAAGAAACAUCACAAUCAGACCCAACCAUUACCCCUAAAGAAGAGCUAUCCCCUAAACCAGAACCAGCAGUCACCCUUAAUGAAGAAACUUCCCUAAAAUCAGAAUCAGCACUCACCCCUAAAGAAACUUUCCCCAAACCAGCCCCAACUAUCACCCCCAAAGAGACCUCCCCUAAACCAGAAACAACCACCACUCCUAAAGAAGGAACUUUCCCAAAUCCAGAACCAGCAAUCACACCUAAAGAAACUUCCCCAAAACCAGCUUCAAUCAUCACCCCUAUAGAAAAAUCUUCCCAAAAACCAGAGCCAGCAGUCACCCCUAAAGAAGACACUUCCCCCAAACCAGAAUCAACCAUCACCCCAAAAUAUGAAAUAUCCCCUAAACCAGCCCCAACCGUUACCCCUAAAGCAGAAACAUGCCCAAAACCAGACCCAACCGUCACCCCUAAAGAAGAAACAAGCCCAAAACCAGACCCAAUCGUCACCCCUAAAGAAGAAACAAGUCCAAAACCAGACCCAAUCGUCACCCCUAAAGCAGAAACAUACCCAAAACCAGACCCAACCGUCACCCCUAAAGAAGAAACAAGCCCAAAACCAGACCCAAUCGUCACCCCUAAAGAAGAAACAAGCCCAAAACCAACCCCAAACAUCACCCCUAAAGAAGAAACUUCACCAAAGUCUGAACCAGCAGUCACCCCUAAAGAAGGAACUUCCCCCAAAUCAGCCUCAAACGUCACAACUAAAGAGGAGACCUCCCCUAAACCAGAAUCAACCAUCACCCCAAAAUAUGAAAUAUCCCCUAAACCAGCCCCAACCGUUACCCCUAAAGAAGAAACAUCCCCUAAACCGGCCCCAACCAUCAAUCCUACCGAGAUCACCCCUAAAGAUGAAAUAUCCCUAUCAAACGUAAUCAUUACCCUAGAAUCAACGACCACCCCGACAGAGAGUGAAACGAUCAGCAGUGGAGGCAAAGCUGAGACUGUCACACCACCAGAGAAACAGGUGCCUUCCGUUGCAAAGAGCAAGGACUCACACAGAGAGGCGCCAGAGAGCAGCACAACUCAGGAGAAACCAGAGGAAAGUACGGCUAAAGAGCCUGAGAAGGUUACGGAUCCCAACGAUGAAACCCCAAAGACAGAGAACGUGAAGACCAAGGCCUCUGAGGAAAAACCUGAACAUGUGGAGAUAUCUAUUACAAAGACAUCGCCAGUGAAAGAACAGGAUGUAUCAACCAUGGGUUUGAAAGAGAAAACUGUUGACGGGAAGACAACAGAAGGGGCACAAUCUAAAAUAGACGAGAAAGGCUUUACAAGAGGUGAUGAAGACAGCAAAGAUGACAAAACUGUGAAGAAGACAUCAACAGGGCAAGCUGCUCAGCCAAUUGCAGAAAAGCAAGCUAAACCUAAAACCUGGGACUUAACCUCUUUUUAGAAAGACCAGAUUUAGAGGUCAGUAGACGUUUUCUGUAAACCUGCAUGAUUAGUGCAAGCCUUCAAAGCAAUAUGAGAACUGCUCCACCUUGAAAGAUUAACUGACGCUUAAUAUGUUCAGUAUCAUAAUUCAUAACUGUCAAUUAUGAGACCAUUAAAGAGCUCCUGUGAGAUAUGUACUGCAAUAUGGAAUGUAACAAAUCAAAAGCUGUAUUUUGCUGUUCCUAUUUUCUUCUGCCCAAGCGAUGAUGGGAAUUGGGAUGAUAAUGUUCAUGGUUGAUAAUGUGAUUUGAUAAUGCCUGAAUAAGCCAAGAAAUAAAUGCUAUUGGAAGAG